GUGUGUGUGUUGGGCUGCGCUUCUCAAGAAGUCUCUGUCUGACACGGACAAGUUGAGGCAGAGGAGAAGGUGUGGCGGGCGGCGGGAGUCAUGAGGAGGAGGCCUCUCGGUGCCAUUCAGCUGUCACGGAGGGAAACUUUCUGGAACUUUACUCAUGUCUGUCUUCAUUCCGCGAGCCCUCUUAAUGUCUCUGUGCAUAUAUUAGUGCUGGAGCAGCAGGGAGGUCCGACUGAGCCGAGGACAGGUCUCAGACAGCGGCAGAAGCACAGUCGCAGGCUGGAUUUCGCUGUCUUUGGAGAAUCGGCGUUUCUGAACGUUCAUGUCGCUUAUAAGAUUUGGACAUCUGCCAUGAAGAGAGCUUAACAACCGCUGGACGAAGAGCACUCCCUCCAUAACUUCUCAUACAGCUACCAUGCGUAGAUUCAGCUCUGAGGGAUCCCUCCUGGACCUAGACUUCCUCCCUUGGAAGAGGGUUGCACUGAAAAAGCCAGAUAAUGCAAACAACCGGGAGUCUGGGACCUACACACCUCACACGGAGGAAGAUGAGCUGGACGGGAGAUCGGCCGGUCCCACCAUCCGGGAGCCCAGAGCGAGUCCCAGCGAAGCAAGGCAGAAGGAGCUGACCAAGGAGCACAGCGUUAGCGUAGAGAACCUGAGCGAGCUGGGGAAACUGGACAAAAACCACCUCGGAGUGUGCGCCAUCAGUGAAAGCUGCAGGGCCUACAGUGACAGCCAGCUGGCUCCGGCCGCCCAGGGCAGCUCGGAGAGCGUCGAGAGAGAUGACCUGCCUCCCCCAUCUCCCUCGUCUUUCUUAAACCUUUUCCCCUUCAAAACCCUGGACCGGCACCACCCUAAACCCAAACUGUCAUCUGCUAAACUGCACCUCAAGAGUCUGUUUGGGCAGAGUCCUCAUUCCUCAAACUCCAACCUGUCCAACUCAGAACAAAAAGACAGUGCUACAGAGAGGAGGUCUCGUCUGCUCUUCAUGCGUCAGUGGAGUCAGGUGGGCCACAGUAAAAGGGGGAAAAUCAGUCGAGAAGAGUUGGAAAAAUGGACAGAGUCCCUGAACACCCUGCUGGCCAGCCAAA